AAAAAUUUGAAGUUAAAAAAAAACGUGUGAUUUGCAUGUGAUACUGUGAUAGUGUGAAAGAAAAACCUAGAAACCCGACCGAAUUGGGUCGGAAUAAAGUGAACAAGAUGGUUUCGCAGAAACUAGCACUGAACAAUGAUAUUGUUUUAAUGAGACACCUUAUACGACAAGUUAAAGUACACAUUUUUCAUAAACUUACAAAAAAUGUAAAAAAUUUACGAAAUAAGAAAGGUAAUGAAAGUUUAAAGCAAAAAUUCGAAAAGAAAGCAGAAAGAUUAGUUGAAGAAUUGUUAGCUUUGAAGAAAUUCGACAAUGAUCUCAUUUCUAAAGAUAUUUUAUUAGAAAAGCGUACAGCGAAUAUUAUUCUCAGCGAUAUUAAUUCUACAAUCAAAGAUCGUGUUUUAGCUAAAGUUAUGACAUUUAGUAAAGUGUCUGAAAAAAUUAAGGAAAUUCGUGAAAAAUAUCCUGAAUCAUUGAUUAUUGAAUUUGUGAAAAGUAAUAAAAAUCGUAAUAAAAAAAAUAAAAAAAUCAAUAAAAGUAAUGAGAAAAGUUCGAAAAAGAAGGAAGAUGAAGGAGUUUUGAAUAAUUCAAAGAAAAGGAAGAUAGAAAUAGAUGAAGAAAAAGAAACACUAACAGAGAAAGAUGAAGAAGUGGUUUCGAAUAAAUCGAAGAAAAAGAAAUUAAAAAGUGAGGAAGCUCAGGAAGGUGUUAAAUCAAAGAAAAAAGAAAAAAAUAUUUCAAACAAAUUAAAUAGAAAAGAAAAAACGAAUAUAGAAAGUGAUGAAAAUGCCUCUGGCGAUGAAAUAAAAGAAAAUGAUAACUCGGAAACUUUAGAUCCAUUCUUUUUAAUGUCAAACAAAGACGAAGAGAAAGAGAUAGACGAAGAAAUGAUUUCGAAUAAAUCAAAGAAAAAGAAAUUGACAAAACAAGGUAAAAAAGAAAUAGUUAAAUCAAAGAAAAAAGAAGGAGAUGAAAAAAUAAAUUCAAAGAAAAAGAAAGAAAAUACGGAAACCCAAAAUGAGAGAGAAAAUGCCUCUAAUGGUGAAAUAAAAGAAAAUAACUCGGAAACUUUAGAUUCAUUCUUUUUAAUGUCAAACGAAGAUAAAGAAAUGGUUUCGAAUAAAUCGAAGAAAGAGAAAUUGGUAAAGAAAGGAAAAAUAGAAAUCGUUAAAUCAAAGAAAAAAGAAAGAGAUGAAAAAAUAAAUUCAAAACAAUUAAAGAAGAAGAAAGAAAAUACGGAAAUCCAAAAUGAGAGAGAAAAUGUCUCUAGUGAUGAAGUAAAAGAAAAUGGAGAAUCAGAAAUAGAAGAAAGUUUUAAUACAUCAUUUAAUGGACAACAUGAGAGAGAUGAUAAAACAAUUUCGAAUAAAUCAAAGAAAAAGAAAGAAAAGGAGAAAAAACAAAGGGACAAAGAGGAUGUUUUUAAAGAUGAAAUUAAAAUUAAUAAAAAACCUAAAGAAAAUAAACAAAUUAUGGAAAAAACUGUUGAUCCAUUCUUUUUAAUGUCAAACGGUCAAGAUGAAUAUUUAAGUAUCGUUCAAACGACACCAGACGAUAGUACUGUCAAACAACAGAAUCGUACGUACACGGAUAAUUUAAAUCGUAAGCAACGAAGACAAUUACAAAAGAAUGGUGGAAAAGUUACGAAGAGACAAUUUUACGAUAAGAUUUCAACAAAUCGAUCUAGUUUUAUGAAUAUUGAUACGACGAAUAAUAAAUUUUCUAAAGAGAGUAGUAAUAAACCAGUAAAUGUACAAAAACAUUCAAUAAUAGAUGAAGUACAAAAUUUACAUCCAUCAUGGCAAGCGAAACUUGUACAGAAACCAUCAGUUGUUCAAUUUCAGGGUAAAAAAAUUGUAUUUGAUGAG